CUAUAUUGCCAAAAGUAUUGGGACACCCCUCCAACUCAUUGGAUUCAGGUGUUCCAAUCACCUCCAGUGUAUAAAAUCAAGCACCUAGGCAUUCAGACUGCUUCAACAAACAUUUGUGAAAGAAUGGGUCAUUCUCAGAAGCUCAGUGAAUUCAAACAUGGUACCAUGAUAGGUUGCCACCUGUGCAAUAAGUCCAUCCAUGAAAUUUUCUUGCUACUAAAUAUUCCACGGUCAACUGUUAGUGGUAUUCUAACAAAGUGGAAGCAACUGGGAACAACAGCAACUCAGCCAUGAAUUGGUAGGCCACUUAAAACGACAGAGCGGGGUCAGCGCAUGCUGCAGCGCACAGUGUGCAGAAAGCAACAACUGUCUGCAGAAGUCAAUAGCUAAUGACCUCCAAAAUUCAUGUGACCUUCAGAUUAGUUAAACAACAGUGCCUAGAGAGCUUCAUGGAAUGGCUUUCCAUGGCCGAGCAGCUGCAUCCAAG